CCUCCACAGUUGAUUCUUCGGGAUGGCAUUGUCAUGCAAAUAGAGGACGCGUAAAAUAUUCCCCCAGAGCGCAGCGCAGGGCAGAGACUCACACGGACCGCGAGGAGGACACAGCCCGGGCCCCACGGUGGAUUUGUAUCAUUUUCGUCGCUUCGGACCCGUCCAUCUGUCACAGACCCCCUGGCCACAUGAGCAGCGACACAGCCGGGACGUGUAGCCGGGAAUCAGGUUGGAGCGUUUAAGGAAAACCUGCCCCGUGGAGAUAGUGACCAUACUUCCAAUCUCCCCAAGAGAAGCCGGAGGUGUCUCCAUCCCCUGCUACAGGCUACCUGCUGCUGCUACGGAGGGGGAACUACGUCUACAGAACCCUGGAUCGCACCCUUUUUAUGUUUUAGGGAUUUCAGGAUCUCUCAAUAUUAACAUUUUUGCACACCAAGUGUGUUAUUUCCUUUCUUGUCCUUUUUGGGAUAUACACGGUGAUCUUUUAGUAGGCUACUUUAAAGUGCUUUAAUAACUGGUUGUAAUCCAGUUUAACUGUGGCAUUGUCACCAGACCAGAGACGCUCAACAGGACGAUUAUUAUCAGCUUUAGAGCCCGGGCAGGAUUACUGGUUCCCCCCCAACCUCCAGAGAGCUGCAACCAUGAGCCAGGCGGAUGUUUCGACUUGCUCCGCGCCGCAGAGGGUUUUCCAGGAGGCAGUGAAGCAGGGCAACACCAAGGAGCUGCACUCUUUGCUGCAGAACAUGACAAACUGCGAGUUCAACGUCAACUCCUUCGGGCCUGAAGGGCAGACGGCCCUGCACCAGUCUGUCAUUGACGGCAACCUGGAGCUGGUAAAACUGCUGGUGAAGUUUGGUGCAGACAUCCGGCUGGCCAACAGGGAAGGGUGGAGCGCUUUACACAUCGCCGCCUUCGGGGGCCACCAAGACAUUGUGCUAUACCUCAUCACCAAGGCCAAGUACUCCUCUGGCGCCCGGUGAUAUGUCUCUGCUGUCAGGUAAAACAAGAAAAAACAACAAGUGGAAAAUAAAACUGCAACACACGGGAAAGCCAGGCUCUUGUAAAAGCAACAAAAAAAACUGCCAAUAUCGUCAUAGUUGUGCCAAAUUAUAUUUAAAAAAAGGAAAUAUAAAGACCUGCACAAUAAUCUUCCCUCAUUGUAAACCAAACGGGGUCCUCUCUGCACUCCUGAGUGUGGCACCUCAUGCUCCACACACAGCUACAACACGAAUCUUUUUAACAAAAGAAAAAAAACACAAUUUUUGGUGAGUUUGUUGGUACUAAAGCUUUCCUCUUGAAUGUGUACUAGAUCUUGUCGUCCACUAUAAAAGAAGCCAGUGUGUGUGUGUAUCACAUGUGUGUGUUUGGACUCCAGAGUGCAGAUGGCCCAGUUUCUUUUUCUAUCCAUGACCUCCCAUCCCCGGUUAUACAGUUGAAUAGUUUCUUUGUGGGGAGGGGUGGGGGGGAGACUGUUGCUCCUCAUUGUUCACUUGUAAAAACCCUUUUUAAGUUAUUUUAUAUGAAACACGGCACUUGAUGCUCUAUGGCUGCAUGCUGGAAUAUCUGAAAGGGAAGACACAGGAACAAGAGAAGAAGGGUUGCCCUCUGUUGGCUACCAGAGGUCUGUUUUCUUUAACUUUUUUUGUUUUACUCAAAGAGCGGCAUUAUGGCUAUCCAACACGCUUUCAGAUGUGUAAUCAUGUAACAACAAGGGACUCCAUCAUUGUUGUGAAGUACUGUACACAAUAGCUUUACUUUUGUUUGUUUUUUUAAGAGAAAAAAGUAGCUAAAUGCGCUCUUCAUGCAGAUCUUACCUGGCGUCCAACUUGUCAGGCCAGUUGCGACCUUUGGUCAUUGUGUUAUUAAGAGAGAGAGAAAGAAACCGCUGCUUUCGCUUUGUAUAAAAAAAAGUCGCAUUUGGAAAUCACUUUAUAAUCUCCUUUCAGUAUUUUAUUAACAUCCUAGUCAUCACUGUGAAAGCAGGCUGGGUUUUUAUUUUAUUUAUGAAGGUACAUUGAGAAGAUGCAUUUUUUUGUUGUUGUGGUUCUUCUUUAACAAAAGUGUCAGAAUAUAGGGUGACUCAAGCUGCUUCAGACUCGUAGUAUAAACUGUCCCGUGUGGAGGUAGACCUGCCACUCCCCCCCCCCCCCCCCCCUUCCAAAUACUCACCCCCACCCAAAAAACCCCUCUGUUAAAGCAUGUUGACCCUCAAGGACUUUCUCCCCCCCUCCCCUCUCCUCCUCCCAUUAAAAGGACUUUGUUUGGUUGCCUUUUGCCAGCUACCUCGACUAUAAAGUAUUCUCAAGUUGUUCUCACCACUCUGCCACGUUGUUUGGAGUCUGAGGAGACAUUCACAAUGUGUCUGUGAUCAUCCACAUGCCAGUAUGUUUUUUUUUUGUAGCCUAUAAUAGACAGAUGGACUUCAUUACAGAAGAUGCAAAGAUCCCAUUCCUGCAUCCUCAGUCGGGACAGUUUAUUUUACACAACCAAACAAAUUCUGUCAAGCAAUGCAUCGUUUCUGCAAGGGAGUCUCUGUCUCUCACACACUGCCAUUGUUUUCCCUAUAAACCUCCACUUUUUCCUCUCUUUCUGUCUUCAUCUUUUCCAGGAAUACAAAAAAAAAUGGAAUUGUAUCGCAUGACUUAUAAAUGCAGGGAGUUUUAUUGCACAAAAAUGCGGAGCCUUGUGCGCCCCCAGUGUUUUUACGGGGUAACUGCAGCAGCCAAGGCUUUGGAAUAGUUACUACUACUGAGCAGGACCCUAAUACUGUUGGACGAUGAAGACUUUAAAAAAAAAAAACACAACGCCACAUGACUAUUGCAGGAAGUCACAGAAAAGGAAAUUGGUUUCAUCAACUUGCCUGCUGCAUUUUGAAAGUCAUGGCACCCUAACAUUUGUAUCAAUGCUGCUUGUAUGUUUCUUUUUUUGUUUUUAAAUGUUAAAUGUUUUUGUUUUUUUACUGCUCAAGUCACAGCAGCACCGGGUCACCACAUGAGAAGCUUUUGAAAGAGAGUGUGUUUGUGUGAUUGUGUGCGUCUCAUGAGGGGCUUGGUGUUGUUACAACUUUCCAUUUUAAACCUGGAAUAACCACAAGUAAACUGAAGCGAUUCUAGAUCCACUUCAUCAUGGUAUACAUUGGUAUCAGGCAACAAAUUAAAUAUGCAUCGCUUGUCUUAAACUUGAUGUUUUUUCCUUUUUGUUUUUUUUUGUUUCGAAUAUUGCACUGAUGACUGUUGUUAAAAAAGUUGGCUUUUAUGUGUCAACAUUUAAUUUUUUUCUGAAUAGAAAAAAACACAAACACAACAAAAUACUAUUGUAUAAAUAUAUGCUCCAGGUGAUAAUGUCCUAAUGUGUGUGUUACUUUGUGGAAAGAACAUGAUGUUUUUUUUAACAAAGAUGCGUGUAUCUCUGUGAUUGGGUGAAUGUAUAUAUACAUAUGGAUAUAUAUAUAUCGACGCUGAUGAUGAUGAUGAUAUCUUGGGGCACUUUCUUUUCUGAAGUGCUGUCUUCCUGUUUUUUUUUAAAGGGGAAUAAUACAUUUGAUGGUAAGAUCAUUGUAACAUGAUUAAAGAUUGCACGGUUGUGUGGUUGUUUGGCUUACCAGGGUCAUAACAUUUAUGACGUAAGGAGCCAGCCGCCGUUGGUGUGCAUGAGUGAGAUGAUUUUUUUUUUUUAAAGAGAAAAAAAAAAGUGAUGACUUCUUUGGACCAAGUUGUGUUUCCUGGUCUCGCUUCAUUUCAAGCGAGAGGAAACGGCUGAUUUUUUUUCAUGAAUGAUGCAGAUGUUCCAUCAUGUUUGAUUUAGUUUGUAUUCUUUUAUUUUUUGAGCGUUUGUAACACUGUGAUGAUGACGUGACGUCAUGUGGAGAUGAAUGCUGUAUUAUUUUUGUACGUUUGUGUACAAGCCAGUAAAGAAAUCAUUAAACUCAAA